UGGUGUUGUUUAUUUUGUUGUUGAUGCUGGUCGAUUUGGUGCAAAAGGUUUAGCAAUAACAUUUGUUGCAGAUGAAACUGAGGCACAAAUUUUGAAUGAAGUUCAAAGUCGUUUGGAAGUACAAAUUGGUGAAAUGCCCGAUGAAAUUGAUGUAGUAACACACAUCGAAAAUCGUUAA